AUGGCCCCAAGAAGGCAAGCGGCUCUUGCUGCCCAGGCUAAUAUGGCAGCUCUUGCGGCUAUAGAGAUGGACACGGAUACCGACAACCCAAUUAAAGCUUCCAAGGCCUCCAAAAUCUCGAGAACUUCGCAACUCUUAAAGAAACCAAAGUCGGCCGAUGCUAAGAUUGAUGUCAAUAAACCGGAAACUAAGCCGAUCAGCAAGAAGACGGUGGAGGCCAAAUCUUCGGAUGAAAAUUCGAUCCCCCUGCUCUGCUGUGUCUGUCCUAGUCAUCCGCGUUUCUCAGAUGUCUCCCACCUCUUGACACAUUUGAGCUCCAAAGGGCACCUUCAUACCCUGAACACGACCAGGCUCAGCUCGCUUGCCGAUCUGUCGGCGGCUGAGACCAUUGCAACCUACGACAAAUGGUAUGCUCAGAACAAUCUUCAUCAAAUGCUCGCGGAGCGUCUUUUGGCAGCAAAGGACGGGAAGGAGAAGGGCAGGCGAGUCAGCCUGGUCUUGUCUCAGUCUCAAAAGAGGAAGAAGACUCUUUUGUCUCGUACUAAUGCGGGGACGGACGGGGGUCAUUCAUGGACAUCUUCGCGGGUUAAAAACGAGCCAGGCUUACAGCAUCAACAAGCCAUCACGUUCUACGGCGACUCGAGUAGGAGCCCGGCCAUGGAUUCGUUGGGAAACAUCCAAGAUUGGGCCGAAGACGGCGCCGAUUUUGUGAGACUCAAGGGGAUUAUUUGGCCAGGUAUGAGUCUUUUUGAUUCUGCGACCCCUGAACAGAAGAAGAAGCGGAACCAGCGAAAGGAUGCGUCCGUUCUGCAGCAGAUGAUGCUUGAUUCUCAGUCCGUCACUUCGACAGAGCUUGUAUCAAACCUUCGGUUCGAGGUUGAGAGAACUCGUGAUGUCUAUGAUGCGCCAUCCGUCGAGGGCUCUCCUUUGGCUAAAAAGCCCCGAGGUCGCAAGAGGCGUAGUCACACUGGCGUUGACAACGGUAAUGGUUCGCCUGAGGUUCUUGUCAAGGCAGAGCCUGAGUCCGAUGAAGAGCCUGCCAAACCAGCCGCUCGUGGCAAACGAAUGCAUUUCAAGAACGAGAUCCAGAUGAAUAAACACACUCUCAAACUUAGCCCAUCUCCUGGGGCAGACAUAGAGUUCAAUGCAGAAAAGCUGGAGGUUGCGAGCGAUGUUGGAAAUGUUACCAUGACCGAAGACCCUCUCAGACUAAAUCUGAACGUGGUUUCCGAGCAAAGCCACAUAGGAAACGGCUUUGACGCCGAGCUUGAUGAUUCUUCGUUCGGAGAGGAUCCCAGCAAUUUUACCACUAAUCAUUCCUUCACUAUUCCCGAAGAGCCUGACGUCUUUCCCGAUGGGAUCCCAACCGCUCAGGCAUUCCAGCGUGAUUUUCUGGAUGAAGCUAGAUUCGAUAUUCGGAAUCGUAUCCCCCUCCAGCCGAUGAACUCGAACUCGAACAUGAGCUUGGCUUCCUCUACCCCCGCUGCCAAGCAGCCUUCGCAGAGAUUUAUUAGGGGAAAGGAGAAUAACCAUGGUUUACAGGAGCAGGGACUUGGAAACCGCAACUUUCACACCAGUGACCCGAACAUACGUUUGAGCCAGACCAGAAUGCCCAGCAUGGGAACAACGAACCCCUUCAACAACUACCAGCAGCAACAGACGCCGGAUAUGGUAUACCAUCCAAACUCUCAGUUCUCCUGGCUUCCACCCGUUUCACGUGCCCCGACCAACGCCUUCCAUCCAAUCAAUGGCAAUCCCAACCAUCACCUCUUCUUCGGCAACCAGCUAUUGUCAAUGGCAGUCAAUGCCUACAACAACAACAAUAACAACGAGAACGAUCAAGGACAGAGCUCAGGCAUGUUCAACGAAGGCGUCUAG